AUGACUGUAGUAACGGACAAGGCAUCCCGUUUGCUGCUCAAAGUCGAGGCCAAACAGCAAUCCGCUGUGCACGAAAAUGUUGCACACCUUCUUCCAUGCCACAUUGAUUUCGACGGACAAGCGCCCGUAAAUGAGUACUUUACGGUUGAACAAGAUGAGGCUUGCAAAGAAAACGCUGUGGCCUAUCUUCGCGGACGCGAGUUAUGUGGAACAGAACUUGCAUUGCCUCAAGGUUACCAAGGCUACCUGGUGCAGUCAUCCUCAACGAAGCCGGAACCGGAUGCUAUGUCGACGAAGCGAGAACAGGGCUCGGAUGACGAAGAAGAGGAGCUUGUUCCUACAUCACUUGCAGCCUCUCACAUUUUCGAUAAAGUCUUCUACUGGGAGCAAGACCUUCAACCGCAACUGAGCAAAGACAAAUGGUAUCGCGGAAUUCAGGAAUGGACCGUAUUUGCCGAAAAGCUUGCUGACUAA